GCAAUCACCGAUGGGCAAGCGACGCGUCGGCGGUGGAAGCUCCGGAAAACUGCAUUCGAACAACGACCGAAUUCUCCGCCGGCACAUCGAAUCCGCCGGUAAAAGCUUCUCGACCGUCGACGAGCUGGUGGACCGCCUCCGCUCCUCCUACCCGCAAUACUCCCGCCACAAGCUCCGGCCGUUCACGAAGCAGGUGGAAAGAAUGAUUGCGGUUCACGGAAGAAGGCACGACGACGACGAUACUCCAAUCGUGAUCAAACGAAGGAAGAUAGGCGAUAAAGAGGAGACCGGCGACUCGUUCGACGGCUUCUCAUCGUCCACGCUGGCGUCGUGUGACUCUUCCGGAGGCGGCGGUUCUUCUGAUGAAGAGGCGUCGGCGUCGUCGGAGGAUGCCGUGUGUAAGGAGGAGGUCGAGCCGGUGUUUGAUUUGAUGAAGUCGAUGCUGAGGGAGGGUUUGCAUCGGAAAUCGGAGAAACUUGGGGUGUUGAAGGAGGUGAAUUUGAUGAAUGAGGAAUCUAAAUUAGGUCAUGAUGUGAAUGAUAGGAAGGAUGUGAAUGAAAAUGCGAGCAAUCAUAGUGGUGGUGGAAAGGAUGAGAAUGUGGUUAUUGAGCCAAUGUUUAAGGAUAUAGGUGGGAUUAGUGAAGUGGUUGAGGAAUUGAACAUGGAUGUCAUCUUCUCGAUGUGUCAGCCGCAGAUAGAUCGCCACCUCGGGGUGAAGCCCGUGAGGGGUAUUUUAUUGCACGGGCCACCGGGGUGUGGGAAGACGAUGUUGGCUCAAGCCAUUGCCAAUGAGGCGGGAGUGCCAUUGUACAAUAUUGGUGCCGCUGAAUUGGUGUCUGGAGUUACUGGUGAAUCGGAAGGGAACAUAAGAGAGUUGUUCCGAAAAGCAUACAGGACAGCACCAUCUAUAGUCUUCAUUGAUGAAUUUGAUGCAAUUGCUUCAAAAAGGGAUGACUCGCAGAGGGAAAUGGAGAAACGCAUUGUGGCACAGUUGUUGACAAGCAUGGAUGAGUCACACGCGCCCGUACCUGCGAGUUCUGCAAGCUCUGAUAGCAGACCAGGCUAUGUACUUGUGAUUGGAGCAACGAAUAGACCAGACGCUGUGGAUCCUGCAUUGAGGAGGCCGGGGCGAUUUGAUUGGGAAAUUGAGUUAGGUUUUCCUGAUGAAGCUGCCCGGAUUGAAAUACUCUCCACACUAACAAGGACUCGUAGAGUUGAAAGUGCUAUAGAUAUUCAGAAAAUAGCUAGAUUGGUUCCAGGUUUUUCUGGAGCAGAUUUGACAGCGCUAGCUGACAAGGCUGGUAGACUUGCAAAGAAGAGAAUCGUACACGAGAGAAGGGAGGAGCAUAGCAAAGAUUGGAUGAAGCGGCCGUGCUCAGCCGAAGAAAUGGAGAAUAUCUAUAUAACCAUGCCUGAUUUUGAGGAAGGGGCUAAAAUGGUCCAACCUUCUUCGAGAAGACAAGGAUUUUCUGCCAUACCCCAUGUGAAAUGGGAUGACGUUGGCGGCCUGCAUUUGCUCAGAAAAGAGUUUGAACGGCAUAUAGUUAGACCUAUAAAGUUUCCUGAAGUUUAUGCGGAUUAUGGGGUGAACUUAGCAACUGGCUUUUUGCUUUACGGCCCUCCUGGCUGUGGAAAGACCUUGAUCGCCAAGGCUGUGGCUCAUGAGGCGGGAGCCAAUUUUAUACACAUCAAGGGUCCUGAAAUCUUGAGUAAAUAUGUGGGUGAAACCGAAUCGGAAGUCCGCUCAAUAUUCCGUCGAGCAAGGACAUGCUCUCCGUGCAUAAUUUUCUUCGAUGAGGUGGAUGCACUGACAACAAAGCGUGGUCGGGAAGGGGGACAUGUCGUUGAGCAAGCCCUGACCCAGCUGCUGGCAGAACUCGAUGGCUCAGACCCGAGAAGCGGUGUUUACCUAAUUGGUGCUACAAAUAGGCCCGAAGCGAUUGAUGCUGCAAUGCUUCGACCAGGAAGGUUCACAAAGCUUAUGUAUGUUCCCCUCCCUAGUCCAGACGAACGAGGAAUGAUCUUAAAAUCCCUUGCUCGUCGGAAUAAGCAAAUUGAUCCCAAUUUGGACCUCAUGGCUCUAGCCAAGGACAGUAGAUGUGACAACUUUAGUGGCGCUGAUCUCUUCAAUCUGAUGAACGAAGCUGCUGUGAUCGCGGUAGAAGAUGAACUAUCAUCAACGGAUACAAGUAAUAGCAUGCAACGGCUGAUCAAAGACGCGGAUUGCAUGAGCGUGUUGGAGAAUAUCUCGCCGUCUGUGUCGAACAAGGAAAUACGAAAAUACAAGAAGUUUUCGAAAGAAUUCAAAGCUCGAUGAGAGUACAGAUUUGGUCCUUCAAUCCUUCCUCUGAAGGAGAGACUCUGGAAGUUUUUAGGGAAUAAUUUUUGCAUAUAUAUUUAUAGUAAGGUUAAGUUGAUGGCAGCACAUUUAGAAUUAAGACUAUUUUGGUUUCCUAGUUUUGUCAAGAAAAGAAAAAGAUCCUCACAA